CCUUAAGCGGAUGGAUAUCGCAAUCAACCUCUAACGUAAUUAGCUUAAAAUUAAAAUACCCAUUCGUACUGUUAUUAAGAAACAAUUUUAAAGAAGAAAGAGGGCAGGAUGGGCUGUGUUUUGAGUUUCCUCCGGCCAACCCACCGCCCUUCCAGCUUGGCAAGUGGUACAGCUCACAAGAAGAAGAAGAGGAACAACAAUUACCAGUACAUCCCUGACAACUUCACAUCCCUUCAUCAGGUUUCUUAGCUUAAUUUGAUCAAAAUUCCAUUCUUGUUCUUCUUUUUUGCGGUAGGCCGGGGAUUCAACCCAAACAUCUUAUUGCAGCCCGUCAACUGAUUCUAUCAAUUAAAUACGAUGACUGAAUCAACUAUUAAUAACCCAUUAACAUAAUUUGUUAUCCGCUAACCGUUAACCAUUAAAUGUCAAACACGCUCAAAGUCAUAAAUGAAAGGAAAAUGCUUAUAACGGCUUUUACUUUUUAUAUCCUACUGAGUACCAUAUUAUGAAGUACUUUUUCAAAACUAUUAUAGCUUUUUUUGAAGGAAAACUAUUAUAGCUUUUAGUUUUCAAAAAUCACUUUUCUUUAUAAACAAUACUAACUUCUACUUUAUCCAUCCUUUAUUACUUCUGACAUACUCCGUAUUUCUUUUCGAGAAAUUUUUAUUAUUUGUCGACAUUUCUCUUUUUAAUAAGUUUUUUCUGUAAAAUUACUUUCAUACAAUCACUUUAUAUAAUUUUAACAAAUUACUUUCUUUUUCCAAUUCUUCAUUAAUUUCAUCAUCUAUUUACUCAUUUAAUUACUUUUUCUAGCUUUAUGCAUUCUCUUCCUACAUUUUAUUUACUUUCUUCCUCCACUCACUUAGUUUCUUAUUGUAUUACAUUCUUUUUUCUAUGGAUUAGCUGGCGUACGUCUGACUAUCUUUUCAAAAUUAAUUAUAAGGUAGACAUGGAAUAUUUAGCAACGAUUGGCUUAAAUAAAAGGCAAAAAAAUGAUAUGUAAGCUAAAAAACGAUUGGCUUAAAUAUAUAAGCUUUUUUUAAGUAGAUCUAUUUAUUUAACAUUUUAUUGAAUACAUGACCUUAUUGAAUACAUGACCAUUUUCCCUUCAUUUAAACACAAACUCUUCAUCCAUGGUGUGUCAACCCUAGGACACUUCAUAAACAUGCGUGGGUACUAUAUCGCACUUUUCAUACCUAUAGGCUAAAAAAAUCAUUUCUCAAAAAACGUACACUUCAUGAUCAGACAUCAGUGUCAAGCCUAGUGACAGCCUCGAAUUAAAAAAGCUAGCACCUUUUUGAAGGUAACUAACUAGCACCUUUUUGAAGGUAAGCCAGUACCCUUUUUUACACGUACAAAAAUUAAUACUCCCUUUGUCUCUAAAACAUUUCCAAUUUUCCCUUUUCAUUCAUUCCAAGAAGAAUUUUCAUUUCCCUAUUUGACAAAGAAUUUUUUGUUCACAACAUUUCUUUCUCCUCUGCACAACUCUCUACCACACAUUUCUCACUUUCUUAAUCAGCGUGCCACUUUAUUUUGGAAGAACCUUUAGGGAUGGAGGUAGUAAAAAAGAGUACAUCUUACUCCAUAUAUGGUGGUGUCUAGGUCUCUUAAAGAAUUACUAACUCCCUCUCACUCAACUUUGUCAAUUUGAUAUUGGGUGUGAAAUUGGAAUAUUAAAAAAUGUGUGAGUGAAGUUUAUGCGGAGAAGAUAGAAAUAAAUAGAGCCACAAAUUAGUGUCAAAGUUUCAAAGUUUUUUGGGAAAAAUAAAAAAGGACAGUUGACAAAGUUCAAUGGGACAGUGGUAGUAUUAGUUUUCCUUUUUAGACUUGACUAAAUAAAGUCUUCUUUCCUUAUUUGGUAAUAAACUCCUAUAAAGUUACUCUAUUGUCAUAAAAAAAUAUUUACUUAGUAUAAAAAAUAUUAAAUAAUACGGAGUAUAUAUUAAAUUAAACAAUGUGAAAACAUCGUACUUGCAGUAAAAUUUACCCUAAGGGCCCAUUUGGUUGGGGGUAAUCUCACAUGAAGGCCGGAAUGUGAUGCACGGAAUGUUAGAUACCCUUGUUUGGUUCAUGGGUUUGAAGAAAAAUCGGGAAAGUUACAUUCCCGGGAAUGUUAUAUGGAGGGGAAUGUUAAACUUAUCCAUACCUUAGGUUAUCUCACAUUGGGGGGGUGAUCUAAUUUUCUUCCGAAAAUACCUUCAAUUAAUUAUCUCUUUUCAUUGAAUUUGUUUAUAUAUUCAACUAUUAUCAAAUUUAAUUUUUUGUGACUUUAUAAACUUUUAAUAAUGUAGUGUCUAAAUAUGUAAAUUUUAUUUACUAAAAACAAUCUUAUUAUUGAUAGAGAUCGGUUAGUUUCAUGGUCAUUCGAACAUCUUAAAUUGUGUAACAACCUUGUAGGUGGGACGGACAGAGUAUUAAUUAUAUUCGAAUGCCUAUUUUUUGUUAUUUGCAUAUUUUUUUCCUUAACAUUUAUAUUUUUUAAGGUAUUUAUGUUAUAAGAGUUAUAGAUUUAAAGGGCAUAAAACUAAUUCAUCAUAUAUGCAAUACAAGAUAUCUUUCAACCAAAUAAAUUAUGACACAUUCUCUAGUUGUUAACCAAACACAAAUGGGAAUCAAUUGAAUACAUUCUCAACAAUCUGACAUUCCCAGCAAUCUGACAUUCCCAUGGUAAUCUGACAUUUCUUGAACCAAACGUACCCUAAAUGUAAAGAGCAUUUGAGGAAGUGAGGUCAUGCAUAGGAAAAGAACUUAUUUCCUUCAAGUGGAUGCCAUUGAAGCUGGAAUUUUAUUUAAGUUAUUGGGGUAGUAGUUAAUUCAUGUAUUGCUAUAUAUUUCCUCAGUUGUAUACUAUCGUAUUUGAUAUUUUGUAUUCCAUUUGAUUUUCAUUAUUAUUUGUUUAUAUUUUUAUUGAUAAUACCUUUAUGUUGCAUCUUUUAUUUCUUACUUUUUAUAUCAUUUUCCCUACUCUUUCAUCCACUCUUAAAGUUCUUGCACAUUUUCUACCCUAUUUCGUGUGCUACGAGCUCUUUCCUUCUUAAUCUAAUUUCAAAAUUCUAUUGUAACAAAUACUACAUCUGUCCCUUAUUUAAGUUCAUGGUUGGAGUUUCACGGUCUCUAACAUCGACGUUUGACCACUGAUAUAUAAAAAUAGACACUUAUAGAACUUAUUAUAACCUAACAUCUCAAUAAUACUCCGUGUAUAUUAUUGUUAAAGUAGAGUAUUCCAAAUUAUUUUGAGUUUUACAUCAUAUAAAAUACUCCGUAUUAUGUAGUACGAUUUUUGAGUAAUUAACGAUCAAUGUUAACAAAAUUUUCCUUAAAAAGUCAAAUGAUGAACUUAAGUGUGGGGCGGAAGGAGUAUAAAUUAAAAGAGGUAGUAUACAACUAUUUUAUGUGUUACAACAAUUUUGGCAUGCACUAGGAACAAUUUACCCUCAACUUAUUCAUACUAAAUUUUCAUACCUAAUUCCGAGGGUUUAUCGGAUGUCCUGAUGGGACAAUUCUGAAAAAAAUUACCGGUGGGUGUAGCUCAACUGGUUGCGAGGGAGUGCCACAAGAGUUAGGUCCCGGGUUCGAAUCUCGGCAACUGCGAUGAGGGGAUACUAUGCUAAAAUGCAUAGGGCCUCUGCAAGUACCGGGGACAGAGUCCCACUCUCUAUCUGUCAGAUUGAGAUUAUAAUCCAAUUUACAUCCUUCCAACGUACCGUCCGGUCGGGGUUGGAGGACCCUCAGGGAUGGGGUGUCAUCCUUUUUUUUCCCGAUGGGACAAUUCCGAGGAUUUAUCGGAUGCAUGUCCCUGAGGGGACAAUUCUGAGGAUUUAAAUGAUUGCUAGUACGAAAAACAAAAUUAACCCUUUGGAAUGGCAUGUGUAACUUUUACUCCCUCCGUCCCAAAAUUAUCUUCAUAGUUACUAUUCACACGGUCAACUCAAAUUACUCUUAAACUUUUAUUUUAUAUAUUAAAUUUUUAUCAAACUUAAAUUUUCUUGAUCAGCCUUUGUAGUGGAUUUAAUGUAGUUUCUGAAUAUGUAAAUUUAAUUUACUAAAAAUAAUCUGAGUGUGAACAGGGGUCAAGUUGCUUUAUCGUCAGUCAAACAUCGUAAACCGAACUACGAAGAUAAAUAUGGGACAGAGGGAGUAGUUAUUAAUGAUUUAAUGGUUUGGUUUGAAUUAAAUAGUACCCCUCCGUCUCAUUCACAGGUUUCCACUUUUCUUUUUUGGAUGUCUAACUUAAAGAUUCUCAUUUUCUAUUUUAGGAAACAUUUAAAACUCUUAAUAAUUAUAAUUUAAUCAUCAAAUAUUAAAAAUAGUACAUCUAUAACAUCACAUUUAUCAUCAAUAAUUCAUUAUACUACACCCGUCCCAAUUUACUUAGCCAUCUUUGACUUUUGCAGUCAAAGGUGGUAAACUUUGACCAAUUAUUUAAACUAAUGAUAGAGUAUAUCUAGAGAGAAGUGAGAGCUAGAGAGAAAAGUGCAAUAAUAUGCUUCAAUAGAAUGAUUUUGUAACCCCUAUAACUACUCCCAAGGGGAGUAUUUAUAGAGAAAAUUAGGGCUGCGCUCCCAAGUCUUGGGCUUGGGAGGCCCAUUUACAACUGGACCACUACUGGGCCGAAUACAAAGCCACUAAUGGGCUGUACAAAUGAAUAAGUAUAAAAUCCGGUUCUGUGAAGUCUUCGUGGCCGACGAGGGCACGGCCGACGAGGGCACGGCCGACGAGGGCACGGCCGACGAGGGCACGGCCGACGAGGGCACCCGGGUUCUUUGGGCUCAGGACCAUAAUAUGAGUUGGCCCCUUUUCGGCCGACAGGGGUGUCUUGGCCGACGAGGGUGCCACUCUGUGUCUUGCGCUUUCCGUUCCUCCGAGUAUGUGGGUCCGGGGGCUCAGACCCAUAUACUCCAUCAGGAGUCCCCCACUCUCUAAGCUGAGACGUAGACGAAGUGAAGGAGAGUAGAUUCCCGUGCUUUAGUGCUUUUGGCCGAUGCGGGCAUCCCCGGGCCGUUAGCCGUUGCGGCGUUGGCGUUGUUUCCUCUUUGGUGAUCCUGUUCUGUGCUUUGGCCGUUACCUGUCCCUCGUUGUGGGCGGGGAGGCCGUUGUUUCCUUAAUGUGUUCAUUUGAGGAUGAUGAGUGUCUUGUUUCAAUGGCGGCCGUUGAAGGCACGCUUUCCCUUUCCUGGACGUUGGUGGUUGAAGUUUAUGUUUGGGCCGAUGAGGCCGUUGAGGUUGUUCCUUGCUUUGAGGACGAUGGCGUCCUUUCCUUUGGGUGGCCGAUGAGGGUGCUCGCGCACUCCUUUUGGCCGUUGUUGAUGAUGUCAUGUGACUCUGGCCGAUGUGUCCAUUGUGAUGCGUGGACGAUGUGGCCAUGCUUUGUGGUUACAUUCAUGUUCUUUGCAUUGUUCCUCUUUGUUUUGUUGAGGCCGAUGUAGUCCCCCAGUCCCCCACUGCUUCAGGCCGAAGAGUGUGAGGGGUGAAGGAGUUGCUUGAGUCCCUGGCCGAAGCGGUCUCUCCGUAGUCCCCCUGAAUUCAACCCUCAUGGCGAUUUUAUGGCCAAGGUAACCCUGUGGGAGAACCCUUGUGCGCAGAUCGCUUGUAGAGAGUUAUCAUCAAGGGUCAUUACGAGGAGCCGAUGGCUGUGGGCUCUUUGUUCCUUUUGUUCUGUGGCCGCUAUGGGCGUUUGUUACGUUCCAGGCCGUUGUCGUCUCCUUAUUGUUGGCGUUCGUGAACCUGGCAAACAAGAUGGGACGUUGUGGGCGCUUGCCGGCAAGUAGGACGAUGUGGGCGCUUGCCGGCAAGUAGGACGAUGUGGGCGCUUGCUGGCAAGUAGGACGAUGUGGGCGCUUGCUGGCACUCGUGAAGCCGGCACGUGUAUGGGCCGUAGAGUCCGUCUUGCCAGUGGGCUGUUGUUAUUGAGUUUGGCCCGUUGGUGACGUGGUGGCCUCCCAUUGGUGACCGCUGAUGUGGCCAUUGGGAGGGUGCCACGUGUAGUGACCGUUGGAUGGGGGGUUCUAUAAAUACCCCUCCCCCUCCGACGAGAAACCACAUUUGCAUUCUGAAUUGUCGAAGUGCUGGCCAUUUUUCUAGAGAGAUAAACUCCCAAGCCUGUUCUUCGUGUUCUUCGUUGUUCAAGGUUAGUGUUCAUCGCCAUCUUCUGUACUUUGUGCAUACUUUGCUUCCUAGGCUAGUGAUCUAGUGUUAGGCGUUUGAACACCCUUAGAUCCUAAGUUCCUUCCCUUAGGCUCGUAGUAGUUUGUUGUGAUGAAGAGCUUGAACGAAGACUACUACCCGUACGACGACCAGCCCUCCACCAGGUCACUCGACUAUGAGAUGCUCGAGGAGUUCGAGGAGGAGAUAGAACAUUUGAGUCCUUACAAAUCCGAAGAGCUGUUGGACGAUGAAGUCGAGGACGAGGAGUCCGCCUCUUCUUCCAGGGGUGAGGACGCAGGUGCGUCCCGAGUGGUGGACGGGGCGUCCACUUCCGCUGUCAUUCCCUGCCCGAGGCCGGUGUCUGCCGUGAAGGGAGAAGAUAAGUCGAAGAGGGUGAGGAGGCCGAAGAGUGGGCCGAGCCUCUCCUACCUGGAUCUCACCAACAUCUUUUUGAUCAAGCCGGAGAGCAGCGCGGCCGACUAUCUUGUUGCCCAGAUGUAUGUGGGGCCGUUUGGGCGGGUUAGGGCACCCAGGCCGACGGACCAUGUUCUUCUUCCGCCACCGGGAUACUUUGGAGUAUACCCGAUGAGUUUUGCUAAGGGGUUGAGGUUCCCCCUUCACCCUUUCAUCACCGAGUACCUGGACAUGGUAGGGCUUCCUCCGGCCUUACUGACGCCGAACAGUUAUUCCUUGAUGGUGGGCUUUUUACUCCGGUGUGAGGAGCUGGGCUACAGGCCGACAACGGCCCUAUUCAUGAAUUUGUACCAGAUCGGCCGAGGAAGCCACAAGAACUGUGCGGCCUAUGCUACUCUUCAACAACUGCCGAAGAAGAGGAGCUUCACGGACUUGCCUUCGUCCAUUCAUGGGUGGAAGAGCAAGUUCGUUUUUGUAUCCCUGGGUGAGAGUGGCACCGAGUUUCCCUCCCUCGGCCAUACCGGGAGGUUCAAUCUCCAUGACCCGCCGAAGAGCUCUAUCUUGGACGCUCAGGUGGAGGCUUUCCUGGAAGGGGGGCCGAGGAGCGUAAAGGACUACAUUACUGAAUACAAGAUGACCGCCCUCGGCUUCUUUAGAUACCAUGUGUAUGGUGAUAAGGAGGAUGACCUCCAACUCUGGCCGAGGAUGACCACCACCUUUGAAGAGGCCGACGGCCCGGACUUGGGCAUUCCUGCUGAGGCCGAUGGUAAUUAUUUCUUCGGCUUCGUGUCUUUAUGUUUUGUUCCUUUGCCUUACUAAUCUGUUGUGUUUUUCCUUUGUAGAUUUUGCGAUGGAUCGUCGUUCCAUAAUGGCUAUUGCCAAGGCCAAAGCGGCCGAGGAGUUGGCUGCUAAGGCGGCCGAGGCGGCCAGACGUGCCGCGGCCGAUGGGAGCGGGGCUACUACUGGUGCGGCCCCAAAGCCUGCCCCAUCAAAGAAGAAGAGGCCGGCCACUGACGGCCAGAAAAAAUUAACUGAAGCCGGCCUGAACGUCUCCAAGAAGACGAAGAGGGCACCUUCCCCUUCUCCGGCUACCGAGGCCGGUAUUCUGACUGUCCCCAGUGUGGACGAUGGUGGUUCCGUCGUGGACCUUACUGCUGCUGCUGAUGCUGCCCCAUCGCUUCCUCUCGUCCAGGAACCACGGACGAAGAGGGCCGGCAAGGAGAUUGUCGGUGCCACCUACCAGAAGAUGGUAGAAUACCCCGUCGGCGGGGGUGUGUUUGAUGAUGUCGUCCUUGGCCACGACGUCCUGGCCCAGGCCAUGCCGGCCAAAGAUCGGGCUUACUUGAAGAAGCUCGGGGACGUAAAGAUUUACGAGGGCGGCAUGGACCUCCUCGUCCAAAGUGCCUUUAUGCUCAUGGAGAGCCAUAAAAGGCAGUACCGGGAGAUAGCUCGCUUGAAGGAGCUGGAGCAGAAGGCUGCCUCGGCCGACGAGGCAGUAGCUUGCCUGGAUCGGCUCCGGGAUGAUGCCAGGGCUUUGCAGGCGAGGGCCGAUGAAGCCGCUGCAGCCAGGGACGAUGCCCUGGCCAAGCUCGAGGAGAGCAAAAGGGAGCUCGAGGAGUCCCAAAGGGCGCUGGAGGCCGAGCGGCGCAAGAAUGAGGAGGCCGUGAAGGCGAAGGCUGAGGCCGAGGCCGCCGUUGUGAGGGCUGCUGAUGAGGCCGUUGAGGAGUUCCUGGCCGAGGGGUGGAAGGCCGAUGAGAGGCUCCCCUGGUGCUACGAGGUGGUGGCCGCCAGGCUUGAGAGUUGGGGGAUGAACUCCCCCGCCGGCCAGGAGUAUUUCAGCAGAGAGAUGGCCGUGUAUUAUAACAUGGGCCAGGAGCGGAUGCAAAGGCUCCUGUGUCGGCGGCUAUCUCGUGCUUUGAAGGCUAUGAACUACACGUCUGGGUGGGCUAGACGGAACCUGAAGCUUCCGAAGCUGAUGAAGGAUCCUGAAGAGCAGGCCAAGCUUCCGCUGUCGGAGCGCGAGUCCCCCAUUGAAAGCUCCGGCCUUGGCGAGCCGGAUUAUACUGAAUUUGAUUUCUUGGACGAUGCCACCAGCGCUGCAGCCGCUGCCGGCCAGGAGACUGAGGCCGAUGAGGGAGCUGAUGAGGCCGAAGAGCCAGCCGCAGAUGGAGGUGCCCCAGAUGCCUGAUCGGCUACUCAUUUGUAGUUAGUUUUUAUUUUUGCCAAAUGAUGUAACGGCCGAAGAGCCCACCUUUGUACUGAAUUGAAUAUAAAUGAAAUUUGUUGCUGUCCUGAUCGGCUUUGAAUUCCUUGUAUGCUUAUUUGCC